AUGUCAGAUAUCACUAUGAAUGAAAUUGUAUCAGCAACGGGAUACGUUCAUAGAAGAACUCUGCGUUUAACAGUAUCAAUUAUAAGAGAUUAUGAAGUUUGCAAGAUGGUUGACCGUCUUCUUCUGCACCUCCAUGAUAAAACAAUACAUGAAGAAGAUUCGCUUAUUCAUAGACUUGAUUUUAGUCUGCAGGAGACCUCCACUCCUCGGCUAAUAAGCCCCGAGGGAUUAUUCGAAUAG